AUAUGUUAGCUGGUGUGAGAGUAUGUGCGUAUGUGCGCUUGCUUGUAGAACGAAAUUGUCAACGGCCAGCAGCGAAUAUCAAUUGACAGCAGCGGCGACGGCGACGACGACGACUGAGCUGCCGCCCCAAAAGCGGGCACUCGAUAAUGUGCAGUCGAUGUAGACGAACGCAGAAUAAGCGCGCGCGCAGUCGAACUCCAUUUAGCCGUUACAGUUAAUUUGCUUUCGUGCGUUUUGUUUUGAUCGCGCUCUUCCCUUAGUUGGCUGUUAUUCCCGUUGUUGUGGGUUUUCUGGUUGUUGUUGAUAACGUGACAAAUGCGUUUGCGGUGUGGUUUGCUGUGCCGCAUGCUUGCAACAUUUCUACCUGCGUCUUCGAAAGUCUGCAAAAUGCUUGAAUCCCAAAUGUAUUAGUCAUGACUGUGAGCGAGCAUUGCGGCAUUUUUGAAUCAUCCAAACGAGGCCCCGCGCUCACUCCCUCGCGCAGCAUUCGUGAAUAAGCCAUUGCCAGCAGAGAACGUGAAUCGUAAACUGUUUACAUUGCUCAGCUCAACUGAAGUCAACUUCGGCUCAGUUCAGCUCAGUUCAGUUCACUUGCACAAAGUUCGGCUCAGUUAUUACUCAUAAGCACCUUGCUUUGCCUGGACUUGACUUGGCUCUGACUCUGGCUCUGACUUGAAGUCGCAUCAGCAAAAAUUACCUCUCUGAGUCUUUCUCGCGCGCUCUCUCUCUCUCUAUCGGCCAGCUGCGAUUACGUGAAAUAAUAAUAGAAAAACAAACAUAACAGCAAAGUGCUGCCUGAUAAGCGUCUAAUUCGUGAUUUGUGAAUUGUGUGCAAUCCAGUGAUCGGAUCGUGAAUGUCAGCACAGCUGGGGGAGCAGUCUAAUAGUGAUUACCAAUCGCAUGUGCCACACCAGUAAACCAGCUUAUCUGGCAUUAUGAGUGACGACACAACUCCGAGUCUGGGCUAUGGCGAUGGCGAUGGCGAUGGUGGGCUGCCUGCCUCAGUGGCACCGACGAUCGGACUGGAUGCUGUGGAUGAAAGUGGCUUCUCGCAAUCGCUCUUGACCUUUGCGGCGAUCAUGACCUUUCUCAUCAUGAUCGUCGGCAUCUGUGGCAAUUUUCUGACCGUUGUCGCGCUGCUCAAGUGCCCCAAAGUGCGCAACGUGGCUGCCGCCUUCAUUAUCAGCCUGUGCAUAGCUGAUCUGCUGUUCUGCGCAUUAGUACUGCCCUUCCAGGGCCUGCGCUUUGUGCAGGGCGGCUGGCGUUACGGCAAGAUCCUUUGCCGUGUCAUCCCGUUCAUACAGUACGGCAACAUUGGCGUCUCGCUGCUGUGCAUCGCCAUGAUCACGAUCAAUCGGUAUGUGAUGAUCACGCAUCACAGCUGCUAUGCGCGCAUCUACAAGCGCCAUUGGAUCGCCGUCAUGAUCGCCGCCUGCUGGCUGGUCUCCUAUGGCAUGCAGUUGCCCACGCUGCUCGGCGCCUGGGGACGCUUUGGCUACGACACGCGGCUCCAGACGUGCUCGAUCAUGAGCGAUGCGCAUGGGCAUAGCAGCAAGACGACGCUGUUCAUAACGGCCUUUGUGAUACCCUGUCUGGUGAUCAUAGCGUGCUACGCCAAAAUCUUUUGGGUGGUGCACAAGUCCGAGCAGCGCAUGAAGCGACAUGCGAACAAGCAGAACUCCAUACCGAACAAUUUGAGAGCGGUCAACCAGCCCGAUAACCAGCCCGCAUCGCAAACUGUGGCGGGCAGUCGCGUCUCCACGGACAGCAGCAGCUGCUCCACGGAUGUGCCCGAGGCAGUGGCCGCAGCUGGGGGCAAGCAGCCCACCACGCGGGUCAAGGACCAGCGCGAGGUGCGCGCCAAGCGCAACGAGUGGCGCAUUACCAAAAUGGUGUUGGCCAUCUUUUUGUCCUUUGUCGUCUGCUACUUGCCAAUCACAAUUGUCAAGGUGGCCGACAAGGACGUCGAGCAUCCGAGUCUGCACAUCUUCAGCUACAUCAUGCUCUAUCUGUCCGCCUGCAUCAAUCCGAUCAUCUACGUGAUCAUGAACAAGCAGUACCGUAAGGCCUACAAGACGGUUGUCCUCUGCCAGCCGGCGCGCCUCCUUCUACCCUUCGGCAAAUCGAAUGGGGCGAAUAGUGCUGCAGAGAAAUGGAAAGACACCGGAUUGAGCAACAACCACAGUCGCACCCUUGUGUCCCAGAUGUCCGCCGGCGCAGCAGCGGCGGCAGCGGCGUCGCCAACGGCAGCGGCGUCCGCACCGACAUCCGAUUGCCCGUCCUUGCCGGCAACCAAAUCGGGGCAGUCACUGGAGCUUCUCUCCCGCUGUCCCGAUCUGAUAAGCCGCUCGAAUUUGCCGCCGUUGGCUACGCCGCCAGCCCCGCCGCCGCCAUCGGUAACGCUCGCAGCCAACAGCAGCACCAACAGCAACAGCAGCAGCAGCAGCAUCAGCAGCCGGCUGCCGCCCAAGAAGAGCAAUCACUCCUACAUCAACAACGGCUUCAACAGCAGCGGGGGGAACAGCAGCCUGAGCAGCGGCGUUUACCGACCCGCAGCUGGCUCGCUGGGGGCUCCCUUGGGGCAUCGUCGCAUCACCAUGGUGGGGGACGACAUCAUACUGGAGGAGGAGGAGCUGCCCGCAACGGAACUGCCCGGUCCGACGACGGUGGCCAGCAAAGUAACCAAAUCGCCCAUCUACAUGAACAUCGACAGUCCGAAGAGAAACCAAUCUUAUAGCGGCAAUGCGACAGUCAAGGAUGAUGCGCUGCAGCAGGCGUCGAUCCAGGUCCCGGUCCAGGACGAUGCUAGCAAAGUGCCGGCAAAGUCUCCAACUCCAAAAGACUAACGAAAUGCUUUAAUUCCAAAUAUCGUAACUGUUACAUUCCCCUCUUACACGUGCGCUAUGUAUUUAGCGUAUAUCGUAUAGCAUAUAUCGUACACUCAAUAACGAUUGCGGCAUGCUUGUCUAUGAUAUCGUAAAUUGUAUUCUGUUCUCACUAUAUCGUAUGCGGCACCUUAUUCAUGGUGUAGUGAGUGCUCCAUAUGCUUCACGAUAUAGGCAAAUGUGUCUCGUAAAUUAUACAUUAAGUGAUUCAUGGCGAUUACGAUAUGUGUAUGUCGUAAGCGGUAUAGAGAUUACUAAGUAUUGCAGAUGGUUUGAUUCUUGUAUUUAAAUGCAAGUAUCGUAAAUAGUACUCAAGAUGAUACUUCGUUUGCUGAAUAUCGUAAACGGUACACACACGCACACACACGUACAUAUAUCGUAAUCGUAGCCUAGAUAUUUAUCGUUUGUCCGCUCUUAGUAUUAACCAUUAAACUAAGCUCUAUUUAUAUACACAUAUAUCCAUCGAUCAAUACCGUUAGCGAUCAAAUCCCUCCAUCCGUUAAGCAUACACAAAUCGUACGGCUCAUGGUCCGUUUUUCAAAACAUUUAUUUCGAAUUUCUUAUAAAGCACUUUAAAAUUGGAAUAUAUUGAACUUUACCUUCGUGCGCUGUUAACAUCACACUGUUAAGGCUAUGUUCGAUGUCGGGCAACUAACGACUUGGCGAACGUUAUCAACUAUCGCUUAUUUCCACUUAUAAUAUAUAU